CUUAGCGACGUCACCACGCGCUCUCUGACCAAUCACACACCUUCCGCGAGAGACCAGCGCGAGCCCCCUUACUGCUUACCAGCACAACACCGCCGACUUCCAUAACGACCGACCCAACUGAAUAUAGAAGGCGGCGCGGGGACGGGUCGCACAUGACGUGCCGCAGAAAACCGCCAAUCGAAAUCUUGGUGAACUAGGAGAGGACUUUUCCAUUGGCUUUUUAAAAGGGAUCACGUGCUCUUCUCUUCCUUUUUCCUUCGACUUGAACCGAGGAAGUGGCUGAGUAAAGACGUAGACGCCGGAUGGUGGGCUAUUUGUUUGGCACCAAUAUUGCUGUGGAAGUCUAACUUUAUGACAGUGGAUUUGCAUAAUGUGGUGAUCAAUUGUGGACACCCUGUGGUGAAAAUCGACAGCAACAUACAGGUACAGAGAAGUUGGUGAAAGUCUCCUCAAAGCCAGCUGAACUGCAUUUGCAACUGUCCUGAUUUUCUUGGGCGUCCAGCUGCCCAAGCGAGGCAACAGAGGGCAAUCCCACUGCCCCUCCGGGGACUCCAGGGGUGCCUUGCACGGAACUUCCUCCUCCUCCUCCUCUGUUGCUGCCCAUGUCGUCCCCCGCUUCGGGCAGCAUCCAAGUCUAGCUGGGCAGGGUGAAGUCGGUAAAUUCAAACUCAGACUCGGAGCCCUGGGUGUCAGCGCCCAGCAGCUCGGCCUCCUCCGCGUCUCAGAAAGUCAGCACCCGAGAUGGAGUUUAAAAUUGAACAUACCUGGAACAGCUUUCCAGUGUCUCAUGAUCCAGUAAUGAUCAGGCUGUCACCUGAAGAUGCUGGGAUACUGGUGGAAGUGAAUGCUCCAUUUUUUAAUGACCCUUCAGCUCCUCCGGGGGAACCAGGAAAACCAUUCAAUGGACUUUGGGACUAUGAGGUUGUAGAAGCUUUCUUCUUGAAUGACCAGACUCAGCAGUACUUAGAAGUGGAGCUCUGUCCGCAUGGGCAGCAUCUGGUACUGUUGCUUUCUGGCAGACGGAAAGUGUGUAAACAAGAGCUUCCUUUAAUGUUUGAAGUGUCAAGAAUAAGUGCCAAAUGGAAUGGAAGAGCUCAUCUUCCUUGGAGUUACUUUCCACCAGCCACUAACAAAUUUAAUGCAUAUGCCAUUCAUGGGUCAGGUGUUAACAGAACAUAUGAAGCCCUCUACCCUGUACCUCAACAUGAGAUUGAGACGAACCAGAAACCUGACUUCCAUCGCCUAGAAUAUUUUAAAUGCCUCAACCUGAAACUGUUAAUGGAAGAAGAUUGGAAGCAACCUGGGUCAGACUUGUGGGCAUCGUGUAAACAAACGAGCUAAAUAAAAGGACAAAAACCUGAUUGGAAAGAAGACGAAGACUGAGUUCAGUGAGACAUCCAAUACGUAUGCAUGUUGUUGCAAUCUCCCUUUGACUUCUAUGUGACAAUGUGCUCUAUUGAGUUAUAUGGAAAAGGCAGUUGGGGCAGUACAGCUUUUCACCUGUUUGCUCAACCCUUACACUUCUUGGCUUGUAUUAUCUUGCUGAGGGGACUUGACUGGCUGUGUUCAAGAGGUUGUGACCUAUAAAAGCCUUAUUCAGCUUGGGGCAUUGACAAAGGAGCAUGUGCUCCCAUAUGAACCUGUCCUCCCUUUAAGAUCUGAGGCAGCAUCCAUGUUCCAGGUACUCCUGCCUUUAGAGGUAAGGUAAGUAGCAACCAGAGAGAGGGCCUUUUCAGUAGUGUCCUAGAUGUGGAAUACUCUCCCCAGACACCCUUCACUGGGGCUAUCUUUUUGGUUUCAGUUGAAGGCACUCUUCUGGGCUUUUAGAGGGCUAUAGAUCUUGUAUUGCUGUUUUCAUACCUUUAUUGCUAGGUUUUUACGUGUGCAAUUUUUAAUACUGUUUUUAAAUCUAAUGUUAACUAUUGCAUUUUACAUUUUUCAUCAUCCUCAUCAUUUUAUCUGUACGCUUCCUUUCCACAAAAAAAUUGAGCUCAAAGCAGCUUACAACAAAGUGAACAGCAAUUAUAAGAACAAUUUCAUAAUAAUAAAAAUAAUAAAACAGUAGCAUAACAGCAGAUAUCACAGCACACAAAAAAACUUUCAAUACUAUAAAUAUAACAGCAUUACAACUGUUAACAGAUAACAUUACACUUCCUGGCAGUACAGUAAAAAUAAAAAGGGAAUAUGACAGUCUCAUCUUUGCUCCUAGAAACACCCCUGCCAUGAUGCAGCAGGAGUGGGACUCUGAAUAACACCUUCUUACAAGAUUUUAAAGGCAGGGGUAGAGGGGUAAAUGGAAACACCCUGGCUGUGAUUUAUUGUUGACUGCCUUGGAAAAUUUUGUUGAAUACAGAAUAGAAAUCAUUUAAAUAAAAAGAGUUGCACCUAGGGACCCUGGUGAUGUGGGUAAGCAUGCUGCCUGUUGCUUUGUUAGAGAGGGUGACAGUUUUUGCACUCUUCCCCAACUAUGUACCUGAUCUUAGGCAAUAUAUUGUGAGUCCUAUGGGGCAAUAGUGGAAGCUGUUUACUAACUUUUAACAGUGGGACAAAAUUUGUUCCAGAUACUGGGAGUCCUGCCCCUUGUGAAUGAUGACAAUGCAUUUCUUGUAUUUCUAGGCAGGAAGGAAAGUCACAGCCAAUUAUUUCUUUACUUCCACAUUUAGUUACAUCCACACUAUCAGUUUUUGUGAUCUUAGACUGUCAAGCAUGUAAUCUUAGUCAAAUCCCCAUAUUGAUUUGCUUUCUUUACAGGUCACUUGAGUAUUGCUCCUUUCUUGGCUGUGUUUCUGACGUUCCCUCACAGAUCAUUUCAGUAGUAAAGUAUUUCAGAUUCUAAGGGUCAUAAGUGCCUAACUGCUUCAAAGAUUACUACUUUGGCAUGCAAAAGAUGGAAGGAUAAAAAGAAAGAUGGGAACGAUGCUACUUAUUCGUAUCUGAAUGAUUUUCAUCCUAUCAUUCUUGUGAAUUUCCACCUAAGUCAAUUGUAGAUGCCUUCUGAUAACUAAUAUCAUUUCUACAGCAAAGAAAAUGGAAACAUUUUUUCUUAAGCCACACUUCUGUAUACUAAUGGACAAGAAAUGGAGAUGUAAUCAAACUAUUGAUGAACAAAAUCAGUGAUUAAUGCUGCUUACAAGGAUGAAUUGAAGAACUGAGUCUCUCCUAGUCUGCUGCUAGGUCAUCAUUGGUCUUUAAACAUUCCACUCUUCCCAACUUGAGCAUAUAAUUUUAUUUCCAUUGACCUUUACUGAGCUAACUGCACAAUAUAUUUGUUCCUAUAAAGUGCCAUCCAUGUUUUUUCAUGCCCUGACAGUAAAUGUACACUUUUUUUAAAUGGAAACCAAGUUUUGGGGUGUUGACAGCCUUGCCUUUAUGGAAUAUCUGUGGAACUAUCCACUUGACAUGAGCAGCCAAACACUGAUUCUUCUAAAAAUUGGUUUUAUUUAAGCAGAAAUUGGUAUUGUGAAAAUGUAUUGAAUUAGUUAAUCAUUGAUUAACUGUUGUGAGAUAAAAAUUAGCAGUGUGCCCUGUUCACUUUAUAUAUUAAACAGGUUUUCUUUUCUCACACUAAACUGAUUAUGCCUUAAGGGUAAAGGAAUAAUGAAUCAACAUUGAUUCAGGUGGUUUUCUGUCAUAUUUUCCCAUUAUACAUAAACUUGAAGUGAAUACAGCUAGAUGCUGUGUUCUUUUGAUGGAUAUUUUUUUCAUUCAAGGCAAUGGAGUAAAAUUUUAACUGGAAGUUAAUUUCAGACAUUUGGUUAAAUACGGACCCAUUAUAGUAUCUCUGUAUAUGGUUGUGAUGUCCCUGUAUAUAGAUAUUACUGUAAAUAUGGUAAGUUCAGGUUUAUUAAAGUAUAUAUGGUAAGUGGACUGAGUGAGAGGGGGAGUACAUGGGCUAGAAUGCUGGAGAAUGCUGUAUGAUGAUUGGCUGAGUGUUUGAGUGGCUGAAGGUAUAAAUGAGAGGACGACAGUUGAGAGAGGUGUUCGGUUGUUGUUGUGGGUUGGAGUUGGUUGUGGGUUGGAUUGCAUUAGGCUGGUAUUGAGGCAGAUUAUAUAUGACUAGAAACAUAAAGAGUAACACAAUAUAUGAAACCAUAUGCUUGUUCAAUGUACCUUAGGUAAUCUUGUUAUU